CGGCGGCGGCAGGAGCUGGUUCUGGGGCGCCCGGCUGGGCUCGGCGGGCCUGUUGCGUUUCCCACCUGCUUCCAUAAGGCUUUGCCUUUCCAACUUCAGCUACAGUGUUGGCUAAGUUUGGAAAGAAGACAAAAAGAAGACCCGGGGCCGUUUUCUUCCUCUUGUCUUGCCGUAGUAGUCGUUGGGGUCUUCUUGCACAAGGUGGCUGUGUUUUUAGCGGUGCUAUCUCCAGUUCCUUGCACUCCUGUUAAUUAAGCUCCUCGGCAAGAGCAGCAGCAGCAGCAGCAGCAGAAGAAGAGCAAGCGGGGGUCUCCUGGUGUCAUGACCAAGGCAAGAGAUCAAAACCGCCAGGGAGGAUGCUGUGGAUCCUUAGAAAACUACCUGACAUCUGCAAAAUUCCUUCUCUACCUGAGUCAUUCUCUCUCUACUUGGGGAGAUCGGAUGUGGCACUUUGCAGUGUCUGUGUUUCUGGUAGAGCUCUAUGGAAACAGCCUCCUCUUGACUGCAGUCUACGGGCUGGUGGUGGCAGGGUCUGUUCUGGUCCUGGGAGCCAUCAUUGGUGAUUGGGUGGAUAAGAAUCCCAGGCUUAAAGUGGCCCAGACUUCAUUGGUGGUACAGAAUGUUUCAGUCAUCCUGUGUGGAAUCAUCCUGAUGAUAGUUUUCUUGUAUAAAAAUGAGCUUCUGACCAUGUACCAUGGAUGGGUUCUUACUUCCUGCUAUAUUCUGAUCAUCACUAUUGCAAAUAUUGCAAAUUUGGCCAGUACUGCUACUGGAAUUACAAUCCAAAGGGAUUGGAUUGUUGUUGUUGCAGGAGAAGACAGAAGCAAAUUAGCAGACAUGAAUGCUACAAUACGAAGGAUUGACCAGUUAACCAACAUCUUGGCCCCCAUGGCUGUUGGCCAGAUUAUGACGUUUGGCUCCCCAGUUAUUGGCUGUGGUUUCAUUUCGGGAUGGAAUUUGGUGUCCAUGUGUGUGGAAUACUUUCUGCUCUGGAAGGUUUACCAGAAAACCCCUGCUCUAGCUGUGAAAGCUGCUCUUAAAGUGGAGGAAGCUGAAAUGAAACAGCUGAAUUUACACAAAGAUACUGAGCCAAAACCCCUGGAGGGAACUUGUCUAAUGGGUGAGAAAGAUCCUGACAUCCAUGAGCUUGAACAUGAGCAAGAGCCCACCUGUGCCUCCCAGAUGGCUGAGCCCUUCCGCACCUUCCGAGAUGGAUGGGUCUCCUACUACAACCAGCCGGUUUUUCUGGCUGGCAUGGGUCUUGCUUUUCUUUAUAUGACUGUCCUGGGCUUCGACUGUAUCACCACAGGCUAUGCCUACACUCAGGGACUGAGUGGUUCCAUCCUCAGUAUUUUGAUGGGAGCAUCAGCUAUAACUGGAAUAAUGGGAACUGUGGCUUUUACUUGGCUACGUAGAAAUUGUGGCCUGGUUCGGACUGGUCUGAUCUCAGGAUGGGCACAGCUGUCCUGUUUGAUAUUGUGUGUGAUCUCGGUGUUCAUGCCUGGAAGCCCCCUGGACUUGUCUGUUUCACCUUUUGAAGAUAUCCGUUCUAGGUUCAUUCCAGGAGAGCCGAUUACACCUACUAUAAUACCUGCAACCAUCAUCACAACUGAAAUGCACAUGCCAAACGGGUCUAAUCCUGCUACUAUUGUCCCGGAGGCAAGUCCCAAAUCUGUGCCCAUAGUCUCCGUCAGCCUGCUAUUUGCAGGCGUCAUUGCUGCUAGAAUUGGUCUUUGGUCCUUUGAUUUAACUGUGACACAGUUGCUGCAAGAAAAUGUAAUUGAAUCUGAAAGAGGCAUUAUAAAUGGUGUACAGAACUCCAUGAACUAUCUUCUUGAUCUUCUGCAUUUCAUCAUGGUCAUCCUGGCUCCAAAUCCCGAAGCUUUUGGCUUGCUCGUAUUGAUUUCUGUCUCCUUUGUGGCAAUGGGCCACAUUAUGUAUUUUCGAUUUGCCCAAAAAACUCUGCGCAGCCAGCUCUUCAUUUGUUGUCCUGAUGAAAAAGAAGUCACCAACGAAAAUCAGACUGAUACAUCUGUUGUCUAAGACAGUUUAACUGUUGCUGUCCCUGUUACUAGAUUGUAUAGAGCACAUGUGCUUAUUUUGUACUGCGGAACUCCAAUAAAUGGCUGGGUGUCUCUCUCUUUUUUACCACAGCUGUGCCUUGAGGGCUAAAAGCUAUUUAGGAAACCUAAGUCAGCAGAAAUGAGCUGGUUAAUUUCACUUACAUUUAGCCAUGGGGAAAAAAUAUAUAGAAAAACA